UGGAGCUACCAUAUCAGGAGAUCACAGAAAGAGCCCCUGUUCCAAUUUUUUCCAACAAGGUUUCAUGGUAAAAAUAGCAAAAUAAAUCAUGGAUGGAAGGACUAGAGAGAUAAUUACUCUUCAAUGCGGUCACUAUGCUAAUUUUGUCGGAACACAUUUAUGGAAUAUACAGGAAUCAACAUUCUCUUACGAAAAGUGCCCUGCACAGAUUAUACCAAAAGAAAUAAACAACGAUGUUCUAUUCAGAGAGGGGCGAACAUUGCAGGGUGAAGAGACAUAUACUCCAAGACUGGUAUGUCUUGAUCUGAAGGGCAGUCUGAACACACUGCGGGCUGAAGGAAUCUUGUAUGACUUAAAAACUGAAGAGGAUGUGCAUUGGGGUGGUGAUAUCACUCUCCAUAAGAGUAGUCCAGCACACAAAAAUCAGUUUCUGGCUGAUCUUGAGGCUCAAGAUGAGUAUUACCUCCAGGGAGAGCCAAGAGUUGGAGAUGAUGAAGAUAACCUUUCAACCCCUGACAUGGAUACCUCAGAGGUCAAUGCAGGUGACCCGAAGGCUGAUGACCCUCCAUCGUUGAAGCACUAUUAUCUUGAUGACGAUGUUCAUGUGUGGUCUGAUUAUCUACGUAGUCAUCUUCAUCCCAAAAGCGUAUCCAUCAUUAAAGAGUAUUCACAUGACAGCAGUGUUGGUGGAUUUGACUUGUUCACACAAGGACAGAAUGUCUUCAGUAGAAAGGAUGUUUCAGAUGAAAUCGAGGACAAGAUCCACUUUUUUGUAGAAGAGUGUGAUCACCUUCAGGGAUUCCAAGUCUACCUAGAUUUUUGUGAUGGAUUUUCUGGUCUUGGUUGUGGCAUGUUACAAGGGUUAGGUGAUGAGUACCAUGGGAAAGGGAUCUUUGCUGCUGGAGUUGCCCCUGCUGUCUUUGAUGAUGAGAAUCCAUUAUUAGAUUCCUAUAGGAUCCUGAAUUCUGUCUUGUCAUUUAGCAGACUGGUUACUCACAGUUCAUUCUUUGUACCUCUAUCACUUGCAUCUACUCUAUGGAGGAAAGUAGGGCCACCACUUUCUUUUCCUCAUCUUAACUACAAGCCAUCAAUGUCCUAUCAUACAUCAGCUAUCCUUGCUAGUGUUUUGGACACAGCAACUCUGCCUCUAAGAACAGUAGAUAGUUCGGUAACUCUCUCCAUGAUGACUGAUGCAUUAGGGGCCAGAGGACGAAAGAUUGGAAGUCUUCUCACCAACUUCCCCCUUUCCUUCCAUUCUUCAUCAAUGCUCGCCGAUACACUGGGUGGAUCAAUGUUGCCAUGCCAACCAAUAAUGCCUCACUUUGGGCAAGAGAUCAUUCCCCCGUUCGCCCAGUCUGUGGUCCUCCGGGGGACACCACUGGAUAGGGUCAAGAGGCCACCACAGCCAGACUUGAACUUGUAUCACCAGUGUUACGAUGAGGAAGAAAUGCUCAGGAAUUACUUAUUAUCAAACUAUCCAAGAACACUAAGUUCUGGUCGAUGUGUCCAACAGCCAUGUAAAACCAUAGCACCAUUUCCACACCUUUUUAAUGCUGAGGUGAAUAGAGAUGGAUUUCUUUGUGAUGAAGAGAGAAAGAAGGAACAAGGUGUUGAGAGUAUCCCAUUGAUGACUAGUCUACAAUCUAGUCCUGCUGUCAAAAAUCUUCUCAGUUGCCUACUCACUGAAGCACGUAAACUGGACAUUCAUAAAUUCCAUGGGUAUCUGGAGGAAGGUUUAGAGGAGGAUGAGUAUAAGGAACAUCUGAAUGACUUGGAGCAACUUAUACCAUGCUACUUGACUGAAUUAGAAAAGGAAGUCGAUGAUGACGAUGAUGAUGAAGAUGACUGAGCUGAUACUGACAAGUAUGUCGCAACAUGGACAAAUCUUGCCAAACUCCUUUACAAUUAUUGAUAAUAGGGAGGCUUGUGACAAUGUUUGUCAUGUUUUUAACCGAAGUUGGUAUAAAGGGAUCUGUGAUCAUAGAGGUGCUGUUGUCAGUCAAUGAGUGCCCUGAUUACGUGCCAUAAAGUUAGGGUUUGAUUUCCACUACAGUACCCUUUGGCAAGAUGAAAGGGAAUUUAGGCUUUAUGUUGACAUAAUAAUAAUGCCAUUC